AUGGACUCAGAGAACCGAGUGAUCUUGAAUGUGGGUGGCAUCCGGCACGAAACGUACAAAGCAACCUUAAAGAAAAUUCCCGCCACGCGGCUGUCGAGAUUGACAGAAGCGCUAGCCAACUACGAUCCUCUUCUCAACGAGUACUUCUUUGAUCGACAUCCUGGAGUUUUUGCCCAGAUUCUCAACUACUACCGUACGGGAAAGUUACAUUAUCCCACCGACGUCUGCGGGCCUCUAUUUGAGGAGGAGCUUGAAUUCUGGGGACUCGAUUCCAAUCAGGUGGAGCCAUGCUGCUGGAUGACGUACACACGGCACCGUGAAACCCAGGACACCUUGCAGACUCUGGAGAGAUUAGACAUUGACACUGACAAAAAAACGGAAGAGGAGCUCUAUGAGAAGUUUCACUUAGAAGAGCAGUACCUUAGUGGGACUCUCACAAAGUGGCAGAAGUGGAAACCCAAGCUGUGGGCACUCAUUGAUGAGCCAUAUUCGUCCCUUUAUGCCAAGGUAGUUGCAUUUGUUUCCGUCUUCUUCAUCAUCCUUUCAAUCGUUUCCUUCUGUCUAAAAACGGCGCCGUCAAUGCGAAUUCCGGAGCUAGUGAACCGAACCUUCGAAAUGCCUUUGGAGGAAUUUACGCCGCCCAAGUUCGUGGGCGAAGGCUAUUAUCUGGGUGAGACGGAAUCUCGAUAUGAGAAUGAGGGCCCACACAGAGUCACACAUACACGUUUACCAAGAGCUGUCCCUUCGGUCCCAACAUCCACCACAGAGACCACUUCCUCUGCUACGGCCGGACCUAUGCAGACUUUCUGGAUGAUCGAACGCACCUCAAUUCGGGCCCACAACAUCUUCGACUACAUCGAAAUAAUUUGCAACAUUUGGUUUACAUUCGAGAUUAGUCUCCGGUUUCUCGUAGCUCAUUCCAAACUCGCCUUCUUCCGUUCUGCGGUCAACGUCAUUGACCUCCUCGCCCUACUCUCGUUCUACCUGGAUCAACUCCUUGCCAAGGUGCUCAUCAUAAACUCUGAAUACGAGGUCCUUGAGUUCUUCUCCAUUGUGCGUAUCAUGCGUCUCUUCAAGCUGACGCGCCACUAUUCCGGCCUAAAGAUUCUCAUUCAUACAUUUCGAGCAAGUUUGAAGGAACUUCUCCUCCUAGUUUUCUUCCUUGGAGUCUUUAUCAUCAUAUUUGCCGCACUUAUGUACUACGCUGAGCGGUUCCAGAACAACCCACACAAUGACUUUAACUCCAUCCCUGUGGGACUAUGGUGGGCCAUCGUCACAAUGACCACCGUUGGAUACGGUGACAUGGUACCAAAAACUUACUUAGGCAUGAUAGUCGGAGCAAUGUGUGCAAUUACUGGAGUUCUAACCAUCUCGCUGCCAGUGCCGGUGAUAGUCUCAAAUUUCUCAAUGUUCUACUCACACACACAGGCACGUUCGAAGCUGCCUAAGAAGCGUCGUCGCGUGCUGCCCGUGGAAGCGGUGCGACCAAAAUGUGGUGUUGGUGGCGGUAGCGGUAUAACAGCCAAUGUCUUCACCGGCCUUGCUGCCAACUUUGGUCCUCCAGUCAAACUUGCUGAACCCAGCCCACUGCCCGAGGCGCUCCACGGGCCUGAUACCCGGCGAGUGGGAAGCAGUGCUAUUUUUGAAAACGUUCACGCUGCUCCUCUCUGUCCUCGCAGAAGUAUGCAUUUUUUCCCUACUCUCUCCUAA